AUGCAUACUGCACCAAAUUUCUUGCAAUCUUUGUGUUUGCUUAUGGAUACUUAUCCUUCUCCAUUUCGAUUUUGGAUAGGCAAUAAGUUAUUUAUUGAUAUAUUUGAACCAGACCAGACAAAGACAAUCCUUCAGAACUCAUGUUGCUUAAACAAAAGCAUGAUCUAUGAUCAUAUCAAGCCGCUCCUGGGAACAGGAUUGAUUACAGCUCCUGCAUCCAUAUGGAUCAGACAUCGAAAAAUGUUAGGGGCAAGUUUCAAUACAAAUAUAUUACGAGUAUUCUGCGAUAUAUUUGUGAAACAAACUUCAAUAUUUAUGGAGAAAUUGGAACAUAUGACAAACGACGAAAUUGAUUUAAAUCACGAUUUAGCGACGUAUACAUUGGAUAUAGCUUACGACUCUUUGUUGGAUAUCAAAUUGGAAUCGCAAUUAAAUAAAAAUAAUCAGUAUGUCAAAGCGAUGUCAAGAUUGAAAGAUAUAGCUAUACGUAGAAUACAGAAUAUAUUUUUAUAUCCCGAUAUGAUAUUCAGACUCACAACUUUGAAUAGUGAGGUGCAGAAGCAUUUAAAUUUUAUAAAUUCUAUUGUGGAAGAAAUAAUACAACAAAAAGAACAUGUGAAAAAUAAUCUAGAUGCUGCUAAAACCAAAUAUGCAAAGCUUUCACGAAGAAUAUUUCUUGAUGUACUAAUGGAAGCAUUUGACAAAGGCAAGAAAUUCACUCACAAGGAAAUUCUCGAUGAAAUCAAUACGAUGAUGCUAGCGGCUUCCGAUACGACCACUGUCACAAUGUAUUUUACGAUAUUCAUGUUGGCAAAUUUCCCAGAAAUUCAAGAAAAGGUAUACGAGGAGUUGAUGGAAAUUUAUGGUACGCAAAAUCCGAAAACCGCCCCUGCUAAGUUCGAAGAUUUGCAGUAUAUGAAUUAUUUGGAAUGUGUUAUUAAGGAGACAUUGAGACUUUUUCCCGUAGUACCUAUCAUAGGACGACACCUUAAUGAGAAUUUACAAAUAGGAGGAUAUAUUUUGCCAGAAGGCGCUGAUGUUUUCAUAGGAAUAAUACAUAUGCAUCGAAAUGAAAAAUAUUGGCCAAAUGCGUUAACGUUUAAUCCAGAUAGAUUUCUUCCGGAGAAUAUAAAGAAUAUUCAUCCUUAUUGUUACAUACCUUUUAGUAACGGUCCACGGAACUGUAUAGGUUCAAAAUAUGGUAUGAUGUCUAUAAAAGUCCUCAUUUCAACUUUGUUGCGUACAUUCAUAUUAAAGGUGGACAGAAAGAUGGAAAUAAGUGAAAUAGAGUUGAAAAUAGAACUUUCGUUAACAUCCCGAAAGCCUUUAAAAUUGAGAAUUGAAAAGAGAGGUUGACGACGCAACAACACGAAAACAUGCAUGCAGGGAAACGAGGGACUAGAGGUUUUCUUAUUAAUAAAGUUAUGUAAUAAUAUGUUGUUUUUGUUUUCUUAACUCGGCUGAAAUGAAUGUGUAAUAUAAUAAAAUGAAUAUGAAAGCAAUCAAAUUAAAACAUGG